AUGGACGAUGACCGCCUUGGUGUGGGUGGUCAGGGUGGUGGUGGUGGUGGUGAUGAUGGUGUAGGGGUGCAGCAGGGGAGUAGGGAGUGUACCUGGCUGAAGUACCCGACCACGCUGGCGUCGCGCUGGCGGUACAAGCUGCGACCUGAACGGGCUCUGACCUCAUGGACGGUGCCCAUGGUGCUCAUGAUGCUCCUUUUCCGUUUCUUUUGCAGCGACGACGAUGAUGACCAGCAGACGCCGCGCGCUGCAUUGGGGUCGUGGAAACCGCAGAAAUUUGUGGCGGGCCUGGGCGCGCUACCGCAUGCUGGGUGA